CACAUCCAGCUUUAAAGAAUGUUGCAACAAUUAACUCCUUCAAACUGAGGUAGCAGCCAUUUCAUAGAAUUGUGAAAGAAUGGAGAAAGACAAUCCUGUCGAGGACCCUACCAUUGACUGCAGAGGAGAUGCUGUUGCACUUGGUGCAAGAGGCCAUAAUGUUCAGGAACCAGACAUGAUGGUGGGUCCAAAGAAGUGUCUUCCUGGGCCAUGGAGCCCGAGGAGAGAUGUCAGAAGAAAGGUUGCUGUGGUCAAGCCCUUUAUCCGAGCAGUGGCAGAUGAAGAGCACGUAACGGAGGUCACCCAUGUGGCAGAUGAAGAGGAUGUGAUGGAGGUCACCCAGAUCCCAAUCUCUUUAUCAGCCACAGAGUCCCAACCUGAUUCAGAAUCUGAUUCUGAUAUUGAUUGGGAUGCGUUCUUUGAUUUGGAUUUGGAUUGGGGUUCAUUGUUUGACUCCUCGUCUGAUAUCGAUUGGGGUUCAUUGUUUGACUCUUCAUCGGAUUCAUCGUCUGACUCUUCAUCUGAAUCGUCAUCAUCAUCUGAAUUGUCAUCUGAUUCAUCAUCUGAAUCAUCAUCUGACUCCUCGUCUUCAUCUGAUUCUGAUUCUGAGUCAGAUUCUGAUUCAGAAUAAUCUGACUGCACACCUGUUUCAGAAUAAUCGGACACAUAUCGGAUCGGUUUAAUACAGAUGAGCUCCAAAUACCCUAUAGCACUAUAACUUUGUGUUUUUUA